AUCAUCCUCCAAAUCUUCAAAAUCAUUCGAGACUUAGAACUCCACCACCUCCAAUAUCACAUGCUCACACCCCAAAUCAACAUCAUGCGGCUUCCAUCAAUUCCCUAAACAGAGGGAACUUCACUCCACGCAGCAACCCCAGCCCAGCUCCUACGGACCACUCUCUUUCGGGAGAACAACCAGCCAGCACUCAAGAGCCAGCCCAUGCUCAGGACAACUGGUUACUUAACAGUAACAUCCCGCUGGAGACUAGAAACAUAGCAAAGCAGACAUUCCUAGAGACAUUGCAGGACAACCUCAUUGAGAUGGACAUUCUCACCUCCUCCCGACAUGACGGUGCUUACAAUGAUGGGCACUUCCUCUUCAAACCUGGAGGCACUUCUCCCCUUUUUUGUACAACAUCGCCGGGAUAUCCCUUGACGUCCAGCACGGUGUACUCACCUCCCCCUAGGCCCCUCCCCAGAAGUACCUUCUCUAGGCCUGCCUUUAACCUGAAGAAAUCCUAUAAGUACUGUAACUGGAAAUGCGCUGCCCUGAGUGCCAUUGUCAUCUCAGUCACGCUGGUGAUCCUACUGGCCUAUUUCAUAGCCAUGCACCUGUUUGGCCUAAACUGGCACCUGCAGCCGAUGGAAGGGCAGAUGUAUGAAAUCACGGAAGACACAGCCAGCAGUUGGCCAGUGCCAACGGACGUCUCCUUAUAUCCUUCGGGGGGCACAGGGUUAGAGUUACCUGACAGGAAAGGCAAAGGAACCAGUGAAGGAAAGCCCAGUAGUUUCUUUCCAGACGACAGUUUUAUAGACUCUGGAGAAAUUGAUGUUGGCAGACGAGCCACACAGAAGAUCCCUCCUGGUAUCUUUUGGAGAUCUCAGGUGUUCAUCGACCACCCAGUGCAUCUGAAAUUCAAUGUGUCUUUAGGAAAGGCUGCUCUGGUUGGCAUCUAUGGCAGAAAAGGCCUCCCACCAUCACAUACACAGUUUGACUUUGUUGAGCUCCUUGAUGGAAGACGUCUACUGACACAGGAGGCGAGAAGCUUAGAAGGACCUCAGCGGCAACACAGAGCUUUUGUGCCCUUGUCCAGCCAUGAGACAGGAUUUAUCCAGUAUUUAGAUUCAGGAAUAUGGCAUUUAGCCUUCUACAAUGAUGGCAAGGAAUCGGAAGUGGUUUCUUUUCUUACUACUGCUGUCGGGUUCCCCCAUGGUGUUGUCAUAACACUGGGAGUCUGUCCUGCAUCAAGCUCUGACAUAGGUAUUCCCAUUGACUUCAAAGGUCACGCGUAUGGAACGUCUACGCAGUGCUGCUACAGCUUGCAGACCCCCACCCAGCAUGACAGGGUGAUGAAUCAGUGGAUAAUUGUCCCAGUAAUUGCUAUGGGAAUGGAGACUGCGUGUCUGGGACUUGCCAUUGCUUCCUUGGCUUUCUGGGCCCUGACUGUGGCAGAGUGGACUGCAUGGAUCCUACUUGCUCAGGACGAGGCGUGUGCGUGCGAGGAGAAUGUCACUGUUCGGUUGGCUGGGGAGGAACAAAUUGUGAGACCCCAAGAGCCACUUGUCUGGACCAAUGCUCUGGUCACGGGACCUUCCUCCCAGACACUGGACUCUGCAGCUGCGAUCCCAACUGGACGGGACACGAUUGCUCAAUCG